CUUUGAUUGCAGGGGCGCGUGUCCGCCCAUUUGCCGCGGGGACGCGCACGGCGGCGGCGCUCGGGGACGCGCUCAGUCACUGCGCUACUGCUGCCCACAGAGGCCGGGACGCAGUCAUGCUGAGGGCGGCGGCGCACACCGUCCGGAGACUCUCUACCACGACGAUCCGUUACCAGAACAAGCUGAAAGUUGCGUUGAUCGGCCAGAGUUUGUUUGGGCAGGAGGUGUACAGCGGUCUGCGGAAGAAGGGGCAUGAAGUAGUCGGCGUGUUCACAGUCCCCGACCGAGAUGGGAAAGCGGAUCCUUUGGCGGUGGCCGCGGACAAGGAUGGAACACCAGUCUUUAAGUUCCCCAGAUGGCGGCUGAAGGGAAAGCCCAUUGCUGAUGUGGUUGAAGCCUACAAAUCUGUCGGAGCAGAGCUCAACGUGCUCCCGUUCUGCAGCCAGUUCAUCCCCAUGGAUGUUAUUAACCACCCGAGGCAUGGAUCAAUCAUUUACCACCCGUCCCUGCUCCCCCGCCACAGGGGUGCAGCUGCUAUCAACUGGACCCUUAUUCAUGGAGAUAAGACUGCAGGUUUCACCAUUUUCUGGGCAGAUGAUGGAUUGGACACGGGUCCCAUUCUGCUGCAGAGGCAAUGCGACGUUGAGCUGAACGACACCGUGGACUCGCUGUACAACCGCUUCCUGUAUCCCGAAGGAAUAACUGCAAUGGUGGAAUCAGUACAGCUAAUAGCUGAUGAGCAGGCGCCUCGCAUAAACCAGCCUGAAGAAGGAGCAACAUAUGAAGGAAUCCAGAGGAAAGACAAUUCCAAGAUUUGCUGGGAUCAGUCGGCAGAGUCCAUCCACAACUGGAUUCGUGGUCAUGACAAAGUACCAGGAGCCUGGACAGUCAUUGAUGGCCAGCCCAUCACCCUGUAUGGAUCAUCCAUGUACAAAGGUGCCAUACCUUCAGGGCAGCCGCUGGAGAUCAGUGGAGCUGGUAAACCCGGCCUGGUAACCAACAAUGGCUUGGUGCUCUUCGGCAACGAUGGAAACACGCUGAUGGUUCGAAACCUUCAGUUUGAAGACGGGAAAAUGAUCCCUGCCUCCAAAUAUUUCUCCACCGGUGACACAGUCGCUGUAGAACUGACUGAUGAAGAGAAGACAAUUGCUGAAGAUAUAAAGGCGAUCUGGAAAUCAAUUCUGAGCAACGUUUCUGCCAUCGAAGACUCGACAGACUUUUUCAAAUCGGGAGCAGCUUCCAUGGAUGUGGUCAGAUUGGUGGAGGAAAUCAAACAGAAAUGCAGUAGUCUGCAGCUACAGAACGAAGAUGUUUACAUGGCACCAAAGUUUGAAGAUUUCAUUCAGAUGGUUGUGCGGAAGCUGAGAGGUGAGGACGAAGAGGAAGAGUUGCAGGUGGAUUAUGUUACAAUGGAUGUGAAUGACAUGACUGUGAAGAUGCCCCACCAGUGCUUUAUUGACGGCAGGUUUACCGAUUCUGAGGAUGGAAAGACCUACAAGACCAUCAAUCCCACAGAUGGAUCAGUGAUCUGCGAAGUGUCCUAUUCAUCAGUGGCUGAUGUUGAUAAAGCUGUGGCCGCAGCCAAAGACGCAUUUGAGAACGGACAGUGGGGGAAGAUGAACGCAAGAGACCGAGGGAGACUGUUGUACAAACUGGCAGAUCUGAUGGAAGAGCACCAGGAGGAACUCGCCACGAUAGAAGCCAUCGAUUCCGGCGCUGUUUACACACUAGCCCUGAAGACCCACGUUGGAAUGUCCAUCCAAACAUUCCGAUACUUUGCAGGAUGGAGUGACAAGAUACAGGGCUCUACAAUCCCCAUUAACCAAGCACGUCCCAACCAUAAUUUGACGUACACUAAGAAGGAGCCUCUUGGGGUCUGUGCGAUCAUCAUUCCCUGGAACUACCCCCUCAUGAUGCUGGCGUGGAAGAGUGCAGCAUGUCUGGCAGCCGGCAACACAUUGGUAUUGAAGCCAGCACAGGUGACGCCACUCACCGCGCUGAAGUUUGCCGAGCUGGCAGCCCGUGCCGGCAUUCCCAGAGGGGUCAUCAACAUCCUCCCUGGCUCAGGGGGCCUGGUGGGACAGCGACUGUCGGAACACCCGGAUAUCCGCAAGCUGGGCUUCACUGGAUCCACUCCCAUCGGAAAACACAUCAUGAAAAGCUGUGCGGUGAGUAAUCUGAAGAAGGUCUCGCUGGAGUUGGGCGGCAAGUCACCACUUAUCAUCUUCAACGACUGUGAUCUGGACAAAGCCGUGAGAAUGGGUAUGGGAGCGGUCUACUUCAACAAGGGGGAGAACUGCAUUGCAGCUGGUCGCUUGUUUGUGGAGGAGUCCAUCCAUGAUGAGUUUCUUGGUCGAGUGGUUGAGGAGAUCAAGAAGAUGAAGAUCGGAGACCCUUUGGACAGGUCGACGGACCACGGGCCACAGAACCACAAGGCCCACCUGGAGAAGCUGCUGGAGUAUUGUGAGGCAGGCGUGAAGGAUGGAGCCACACUAGUGUGUGGGGGGAGAUCAGUCCCACGGCCCGGCUUCUUCAUGGAACCAACGGUGUUCACUAACGUCGAGGACCACAUGUUCAUCGCCAAAGAGGAGUCCUUUGGACCAGUGAUGGUCAUCUCCAAGUUCAAAGAUGGGGAUGUGGACGGAGUGUUGCACCGUGCAAAUGAUACGGAGUUUGGUUUGGCAUCUGGAGUUUUCACACGGGACAUUGGGAAAGCGAUGUAUGUGAGUGACAGGCUCGAUGCUGGCACUGUCUUCAUCAACACUUACAACAAAACAGACGUGGCCGCUCCAUUUGGAGGUUUCAAACAGUCUGGAUUUGGGAAGGACCUUGGUGAGGAUGCGCUUCAUGAAUAUCUGCGAACAAAAGCUGUGACAGUGGAGUAUUAGCUCCUGAUUCAAUCAACGUCUUCACUUGCACUCACCCUGUGGCCAGACUUCAGCAGAAGACUACGACUCAACACCUCCAUUCAGCAUGGUUCCAGCAUGCAGCAAUGCAGCACUUGAGUGCAACUGUAGCGCAUUGUUCAAUGUUUACAAGUGUGCCAUCCUCUUUUAGUUUCAGCAUUGGGUAUACCUAAACUUUACACAUUGAACACUGGGGUACAAUUGUAACUCAAUGGACAAGCUUCUUUGACCCCCCCAACUCAGAGUUUAUGUUUUCAUUUCCAAUCUGGCCACUAAUUGUCUUGCAAAUUGUUGACGUUUUCAUGGGAUUUUUUUUGUUUCAGUUGGAAAUUAUCUGCAAAUCCCUUUAACCAUAUUGGCAAUAUUUAACAAAAUUCCUUGAUGUCACGGAGUCAUAUAGCGUGGAACCAAGUGCUACAUUCUGACAUCGAGCGGCAUGGUGGAGCAGCGGUUGAGUUGCUGCCUCACAGCGCCAGAGACCCAGGUUCAAUCCUGACUAUGGGUGCUGUCUAUACGGAGUUUGUACGUUCUCCCCGUGACCUGCGUGGGUUUUCUCCGAGUGCUCCGGUUUCCCCCCACACUCCAAAGACGCACAGGUUUGUAGGCUAAUUGGCCUGGUAUAAAUGUAAAUUAUCCCGUGCGUGUAGGAUAGUGUUAGUGUGCGGGGAUCACUGGUCAGUACGGACUCAGUGGGCCGAAGGGCCUGUUUCUGUGCGAAACUAAACUAUGUGCAAAGGUGGUAAUAUGUUACAACUGCACCAGUGCAGUAGAGAAUAUAUAUGUUCAAAAGUAAAAACAAUUGUAGAUAUGCACCUGAACCAUCUUUGUGGAGGGGGAAACGGAAACAACAUUCAAUGCAGCUGAAGAGCCAUAGCCAGUUAUUGAACUAAUAUAAAGCUAUGAAACAGAAAUUAUAGAACGUGUAAUUACGUAAAUUAUAGAAAGACUAAUUGAUUAAACAUUUCAGAAACAGUAUUUACUUUAGUAAAAAAAAUCACAAAACUUGGUACAGUUAAUGGCUGAGAAGUUGACAUGAAAUGAUGGUCUUGAAUCAGAAAUGCAGGGAAUUGCUUGCUGGUGUGUUAUGUUUGUUCUGAACUUGUUGCCGUUCCAUUCAUUGGAUGAUCACAAUGAAAGUGCCCUUAAUUUGGAUUUUUGUUAAGCAAGACUCUAUGACUCUAUGUGUAGGAGUCACCAUGAUCUGUGCAUAUUUGAUCGAUAAGCUUCGAUUCAGAAUAAUGUCCUCGUUUGUGUACAUCCCAGCCGUGGACACUCUCUGGGAGCAGUGCUCGUGCUCAGGGAGAAAAGAUGCCAUCUAUAGAGAAUGUAAAAGCAGAUAUCUCCAUCCAGUCUACCUGCUCUACAAUAUGGUGCUUACAGUAUUCAAAUGUUUCAUUGAUCACACCGUUUCAUUUGUAUGGUCAAUCAUGAGCCAGUAAUAUUCUUGUUGUACUUCAUAAGUGAUAGGAGCAGAAUUAGGCCAUUCGGCCCAUCGUCAACUCUGCCAUUCGAUCAUGGCUGAUCUAUCUCUCCCUCCUAACCCCAUUCUCCUGCCUUCUCCCUUCAGUACUGGUCUGAAUAUCCAUUGAAAAGGAGCAAAACACUGCAGAUGCUGGAAAUCUGGAAUUUAAAAAGAAACAGAUAAUGCUGGAAACCUCCGGUCAGUGUCUGAGCAGAGGGAAAUGGAUUAACAUUACAGUUGGUUGGUCGUUCAUCAAUAACAGUUGCACAGUGGGAAGGGUGGAGGCUGCGAGAAUCCAACGUAAUGGAGAAACUCGUGCCGUCUCUGAGAGGCCACGGUUGCAGUGGCCACUCUCAACAAAAGCGUUUCACCGUACCACGGUACACAUGACAAUAAACUAAACUGCAGCUCUCUCUGUCACUGCCGCCUGUAUCAGUGGCCAAGGCAGUGUGACCAAGCGCUAUCUCACCCCCCUUGCCCACAGUCAAAGACCAGGCUGCAGAGACCAAAGGGCACCAAGGCAAUUGUGCUAUGGAAACCUCUGCCCUUGGGUAAUAGACUCGUGCACAAACUUGGCCAAACAAAUGUAUGUGGAGAGUAGGAAGGAACUGCAGAUGCUGGUUUACACCAAAGAUAAACACAAAAUGCUGGAGUAACUCAGCGGGACAGGUAGCAUCCCCGGAUAAAAGGAAUGGGUGACGUUUCGGGUCAACGGCCUUCUUCAGACUAGAUCUGAGGAAAUGUCACCCAUUCCCUCUCUCCAGAGAUGCAGCCUGUCCUGCUGAGUUACUCCAGCAUUUUGUGUCUUAUCAACUGUAGUCAUGGUGCCUAUGUGGCAGUGAGUGCUGUCAGCAUCAACGGAUCCUGCUUCCUUGCUGAUAGAGAGAGACACACACACACACACAGCAACCCCUCAUCAGCCAGCAGCUCACUCCUCUCGGAGACCCCUUCAACAUCCUGCAAACCCCAUGUAUGGUUCAAAUUCUAUUGUGAGAAGUUAUGCAUCCAUGUAAAACAUUUAGUCUUCAACUUAAAUGCGUUGUGAUUUUAUUUUACAAGUAAAGCUUUGCUCUGCAUUCCA